GAGUGAUUUUUACUCGGGAAUGUCAACAAUGCGAUCGCGAUCCUGCAAUAUUUUACAUAGUUGUCGCGUUUCUUCGCGUCGACUUCCGGUCGCUGGGGUGUCGGCGUUUCGCGAUGUAAACAUUAUCUAGUUUAGGGUUUCGGGCCGCGGGUCUAGGAGCGGUUAGGGCAUGAAGUGGGCCGAAGGUGUCGUGUUGUUAAUUUUGCUCGAGUGCUGGUGUGAUGGCGCAAUUUUCGAAAGACGCGGAGCGGCGAGUGGCGACGGCGAGGUUCGCCCGCGAUUCACUUCAGUCGCGUCGGUGGCCUUACGUGAUUUGACGUAUUCCGCGCGCGGUGAUGAGUGAUGACACUUGCCACAAUUAUUCAUGAAAUGUCAAGCAUUUUACUUGUAAUGCGUGAGUGAACGGUAAACAGAAUAACUCGUGGUGCACUAGUACUCAAUGCAGUGAUUUUUAUGUGUCAUGGACUGUUACUACUCAAAGUUUUAUCCCAGGCGUAAGUGACAGAUGGCAAGUUUACGGUGAUCCGACAGCAUGCAUCCUGCCGGUUACUACGCCAAUCUCGCGAGCGGCGCGCUCGCGGCCGGCACCAUAGCUUCCCCCUGGAGCGCGGCGGCCGGCGCGCCCGACACCAACGGCUCGGGUGGCGCCGACGCCAAGCACCUCGACGUCGGAGAUGCCAGCGACGAUGAGAAGGAUAUGUCAGCUGCGGACGCGGAGGGGGUGUGGAGUCCGGACAUCGAGCAGAGCUUCCAGGAGGCGCUGGCCAUCUACCCCCCCUGCGGCCGCCGCAAGAUCAUCCUCUCCGACGAGGGCAAGAUGUACGGACGCAAUGAACUUAUAGCGAGGUAUAUAAAGCUAAGGACGGGGAAGACGCGGACUCGCAAGCAGGUGUCUUCCCACAUCCAGGUGCUGGCCAGGCGGAAACUCAGAGAGAUCCAGGCCAAACUAAAAGUGGACGGCGGUGUGAUGAAAGAGAAGGCGAUGCAGUCAGUGAGCACGCUGUCUAGCGCGCAGAUAGUGGCGGGCUUCCCCCACCAUCCCCACCCCGCCUAUCACACGCAAUUCUGGCAGCCUGGGUUACAAGCGGGGACAUCACAAGACGUGAAGCCGUUCCCUGGCACGGGGUACAAAGGCGUCCCGGUGGGCGGAGUGGGAGUCCCGGGCUCGGACGUCGCGCCGCCACCGCCCUGGGAGGGCCGGGCCAUCGCCACGCACAAACUGCGCCUCGUCGAGUUCUCCGCCUUCGUGGAGCACCCCAGAGACCCCGACACGUAUCCCCCGAGUGCGGCGCCGGCGCAGCAUCUAUUCGUUCACAUCGGCGGCACCGUCACAUACGCGGACCCACUAUUAGAGUCGGUGGACGUGCAGCAGAUCAACGACAAGUUCCCUGAGAAGAAGGGCGGGCUGAAGGAGCUGUACGAGAAGGGGCCGCGGAACGCGUUCUUCCUGGUCAAGUUCUGGGCCGACCUCAACACCACCGACCUCGACGACCCCGCUGCCUUCUACGGCGUCACCAGUGUGUACGAGAGCAACGAAAACAUGACGAUAACGUGCAGCACCAAGGUGUGCUCGUUCGGCAAACAGGUCGUCGAGAAGGUGGAGACGGAGUACGCGCGGUUUGAGGGCGGGCGCUUCGUAUACCGGCUGACGCGGUCCCCCAUGUGCGAGUACAUGGUCAACUUCAUACACAAGCUGAAACACCUCCCGGAGAAGUACAUGAUGAAUAGCGUCCUCGAGAACUUCACUAUACUACAGGUGGUGUCCAACCGGGACACGCAAGAAACGCUGCUGUGCGCGGCGUUUGUGUUCGAGGUGUCCAACAGCGAGCACGGCGCGCAGCAUCACAUAUACAGGCUCGUCAAAGACUGAACUCCGACAGCGGGGGCGCCGCGAGAGGCAGCGGGGGCGCAGUUAGAAGCAGUGGGGGUCCCGCGCGAGGUAGUGGGGACGUUAGAGACAGUAGGGGCCCGACGGACUAGACGGAGACGGCAGUAGCGCCCCGCGAGACAAUAGGAGCGUCGUAAGGAGCCGCCAAGUGAGACAUCGGGGGCACCGCGCAGCAACAGGGACGUCGCCCCAAGCCUCCACACGCGCCCCGGCGACCAACUGAAUUCCGACUCUGGAGUCCGCGCCGCACGUCUACGCUACUGUUUUUCAGUUACACUGGAUUUUUUCCUAAGAUUUUUAUAUCCGUUACUCUAUUUUUAUAUUUUAUACCCUUUUUUGUUUCUUUAACAUAUAUAUUAUAAUUUAUACCUAUAUCUUUACUUUUCUCCGUGCCGUUUACUAUUGGCACAACAAGUUUUUGAUUUGUAAAAUUGCUUUAAUUCUUUGGAAAGCUACUUAAAAUUUUUACCUUAUAUACAAAGAAAUAAGAAAAUAUUUACCACAAAAAGUGUAAAUGCUAUAUCUUCCUAAUAGUUUCUGGAUGUGGAAAAUGUUAUAUGCAGAUGUAAAUUUGAAUGUAAUAAGUUAGAUAAAGCAACACUAUUUUGUACACUGUAUGUACCCGGUGCUCACAGAUAUAAAUUAUUUCUGUAAAAUAAAUGCACAUUGUUUUCAAAAUAUAGGUACAUUCUUAUAUCCCAGUUUGAAAAUAAUUGUAGUUCUUAAUCAUAUUACUUUUCUCUUAUUUUUAUUAUAUUUCUUUUACUAUUUUCUGACAUCUUCCAAUGUGUAUUUAUUUUCAGUGAAAUAAUUUCGCCCCUCGAGCUAACGCGGUGUAGUCUGGAGCCUGUAGAAUAUCACAGUGAGUGAAUAUAGACGAAUACACACAGUGCCUCUACUAAUUAUGUUACAUUAACAUAAAUUACUCGAGCGUGUUUAAUCUUUUCACUGGAAAGUUUUGUGUAAUUAGAUCGUUGACAGUGAAAAGAUUAGAUUUAGGAUACACUGAAUCGGUAGUUUUGUUAAGGUAGUUAUAUAGGAAAGUUUGUCGUAGUUCUUUUACGGUUUCGCUCGGCACCCGGGGAGUGCCGCACGUCGGAAUAGUUCGAUCUCGAUAGUUUUGCAGCGCUCCCCUUUUUAUGUGGCAACUAUUUUCGCGUUUAUUUUUUGCACUGGCGAUCUUACACAUUAACGUUGUAAAUAGUACGCACGAGAGUGCAAAACUAACUGUAAAUUAAGGCAAAAGAGUUGUACAGAUAACUGGCGGACCUCCUAAAGGUUCCACUAAAUAUAGUGUGAAGUUGUGACUCGAUCUCUGUCCGCAGAGCGCGGGCCGGUAACAAAUAUUGAUCUUUAAGAGUUGUGUUUAGGCCUAACUUUUGUACGUGUAGAUUAACUUUGGCGUCCUAGUUUUAUUUUUUACAAAUUAACUAUCAUCGCCGCGCGAGAAGCUGCUUCGGUUCGCGAAAUAAACGAGUUUGCUUCUCCCAAACUCGAGGUGAAUCAACUACUAAUGUAUUAAAGUAAUUUUUAUGUGUAAUCGCAUAAAAAUGUGGAGCAAUAAUUGUUUAAGUUACGAAAAGUAUUUUCCUAUAAAAAUGUUUAAACCACAGACAUAGAUCAAGAUAGAUACCGCAUGUCCCUCCAUUUGUAUGGAAACGAGCGUGCCACUUUUUUCCUAUGAUAAGAAACGUGCCCUUUAUCUACGCCAACGUUUCUAUUCGAAUUUUUACAGCUCAAUACGGCACAAUUAGGCAUUUUACAAAAUUCCAAUUGACGUCCCGGGAUUCCGAAUAGCAGACUAAAGAACAGAUUUUCGAACGACGAGCAUUGCUCGUCGUUUGGGAACGCGAUAUGGCACGCGAAGUACAUACACAUGCGUUAUCUAUCUUUAUAUAGGUAUGUGGUUUAAACCAAUUUAUUUUGGUACAUAUCAUAAUAGCUGUGUACAUAAAAUUAUAAUUUGGAUUUAAAUCGCAAACGCAAUAAUGUUGUUAUAUAAUUGCUCACUAUCCCCCUCACUGGUAAAAAUAUUUACGCAGCGUAUACAAGGUUUGCCUGUCCUUGCCUGGCGUAUUGAAAACAGUCAUGACA